AUGGCGGACUUGUCCAGAAUCCGCCGGAGCUCUUCUUCCAGUUCCACCAGUUCUAGCGAUCUCUCUGUUAGUGUCCAGCGUGAAGUAAGUGUUGGAAGCGGAAGAACUAGUAAGGAAGUGGAUGGUGUUACAGAUGUUGGCACUGGACUUUCAGUUGAUAAUGGGGGCAUUGGUUCUUCAGGCAAUUCUAGCAAGGGUUUGUCUAAGAUGAACACCUUGCCAGCAGAAACAUCCCAUGCAGACAAGUUAGAUUCAAGUGCAGAUCAAAUUAAGUUGGAAAGAUCAAAAACUGAGAGACAGAGACAUCUGCGGCCUAAAGAUGCAGCUCAGAUUUUUGAUAACAAAAUUGCUGUUAAGGAGAAGCUUAAAUUGUUGAACAGGAUAGCAGCUGUAAAAGAUGACGGAACUGUAGAAUUUGAAAUUCCAGGAGAUGCAGAGCCUGAAGCUCUUGGCGCUCAAUUACGUGUAAAUAAUGUUGUUGAUGAUCAUCAACUUGAAGCAUCAGACCUUCAAUACAUACCCCCAUUACAGAUAGUAAUGCUUAUUGUUGGGACACGUGGAGAUGUACAACCUUUUGUUGCAAUAGGCAAGCGGUUGCAGGACUAUGGUCAUCGUGUAAGAUUAGCAACUCAUUCAAAUUUUAAGGAAUUUGUCUUGACAGCUGGGCUGGAAUUUUAUCCUUUAGGCGGUGAUCCGAAAAUCCUUGCCGGCUAUAUGGUAAAAAAUAAGGGCUUCCUGCCUUCAGGACCUUCCGAGAUACGUAUUCAACGGAAGCAAAUCAAAAAUAUAAUCUACUCUUUGCUUCCAGCUUGUAAAGAACCUGAUAUGGAUUCUGGCAUUCCUUUCAAAGCUGAUGCAAUUAUCGCCAAUCCCCCAGCAUAUGGUCAUACCCAUGUGGCAGAGGCACUGAAAAUACCAAUACAUAUUUUUUUUACAAUGCCAUGGACGCCUACCAGUGAAUUUCCACAUCCUUUGUCUCGUGUAAAGCAACCAGCAGGAUAUAGGCUUUCAUAUCAAAUUGUUGACUCAUUCAUUUGGCUGGGAAUACGAGACAUGAUCAAUGAUCUUAGGAAGAAAAAGUUGAAGCUGCGGCCAGUCACAUAUUUAAGUGAUGCCCAGGGCUCUGAUAAUGAUGUGCCGCAUGCAUAUAUAUGGAGCCCUCACCUUGUUCCUAAACCAAAAGACUGGGGUCCAAAAAUUGACGUUGUUGGGUUUUGCUUCCUUGAUCUUGCAUCAAACUAUCAACCCCCAGAGUCACUCGUGAAGUGGCUUGAAGAGGGUAACAAGCCUAUUUACAUUGGAUUUGGUAGCCUGCCUGUUCAAAAACCAGAAAAAAUGACUCAAAUCAUUGUAGAAGCAUUAGAAAAAACUGGACAGAGGGGCAUCAUCAAUAAAGGAUGGGGAGGUCUUGGAAAUUUGGCAGAACCAAAAGACUCUAUAUACUUAUUGGAUAAUUGCCCUCAUGACUGGCUAUUCUUACGCUGCAAGGCUGUGGUACAUCAUGGAGGUGCAGGAACUACGGCUGCUGGGCUAAAGGCUGCAUGCCCGACAACCGUAGUUCCAUUCUUUGGUGAUCAACCAUUUUGGGGAGAACGAGUUCAUGCCAAAGGAGUUGGUCCAGAACCCAUCCCAGUUGAUGAGUUUUCUCUGACUAAGUUGGUUGACGCAAUAAAUUUUAUGCUAGAUUCCAAGGUAAAGGAUCGUGCACUUGAACUAGCAAAGGCCAUAGAAAACGAGGAUGGCGUGGAAGGAGCGGUGAAAGCAUUCUUUAAGCAUCUUCCUCGGAAGAAACCAGAGUCUGAUGCCGAACCCAAGCCAUCAAGUUUGUUCUCUAUACGUAGAUGUUUUGGUUGUUCCUGGUUUUGAUCAAGCAAGUUGUGCAGUUCCCACCUCGUCAUCUAUAAUUUGAAUUACAGUAUAUAGUUUCUGAG